AUGUCGACAGACUUCUACACCGAGGCAGAACACCAUCUCAACCUUGCAGUACGCGAGGUCAGCACACUCGUCACGCAAAUUCAACCCAAUAAUUCAGCCUCUCUGUACGUGUCUACCAUCUUCAUCUUCCUCUCCUCACUAGUCAAAGGCCCCCAAACAGGUGAGUACAUGGCCUUUCGGGACGACGGGAAUCCAGGCCACCUCAGCCUGUUUCUCGGCGUCCCAUCGAUCUUGGAACUAUGCCAAACCGACAUCCACCCCAGUGUGUUCGCGAUCCACGGCGGCGAGGAAGAACAACAACACCCAAGUCCAGAAACCCCACUGAACACCAACACCCAACACAACCCAGAAACUCCCACCCAUUACGAGGAUCACCUCGCCGCGUUUCGUGAGCUACUCUCCACUCUCAUCCCCACCUCCGACCCCCGCGCAUCCAGUUACCAGCAAUCCCUGAACCAGCUUCAUUUCAGCCUCCACGCCGUCCUGGGUCCUCUGGGGCUGGGAUGUCGCCUUUCCCGCUGGUCUUUGCUUGGCUGUAUCGACUUCCGGAUGAGAUUGUCUAUGAUCUGCAACGAAGAGAGCCACCUGCUCUUAUCCUCUUUGCCUUCUUUACCUUGCUGCUGA